AUGGUACUGGCAUUUUGUAGACGUGGUUCGGUUAUUCCUAUUUGUCUCUAUCUAUUGGUGGGGAGGUAUAUGAAAGAACAAAACAGUGCAUUGAGGAAUUCAAGCUCGAAGACAAAGAGAACCGGGCUAUUCCAAAGAAUUACAGCAGCUUUCCUUCUUCCUUUAAUUAUUAUAUACAAAAAAGUCUCUUCCACUUUCCUACCAAAUCUAUCUGUAUUCUGGCACAUAAAUUCAGGGAUCGAAGAGAUUAUGGCAGAUCAUGUUCACCAAGAAAUGACCCGAAAUUGGAUCUUAGUCUAUUUGAGAUUGUUCCUUUUAAUCGUAAUCAAAGAUGUUUUCUUGUCUCUCAUUUCUUUUCCGAAUAAAUCGAAGAACCUAAUGGAUCGA